AUCAAACAGUCACUUCUACAUUCUCCCAUUAUCACCAAUAUCUUCCCCCAGUUUAAGGUAAACAUAGCCAAACCUUUUCGGGGUCUUCUGAGUGCCUCUUUCAAUGAUGAAGAGUACCAGGUGCUUAUUCCCAAAGAAGAAGACUCGCAAUUGGACGUAUUUAGCGAAGAUGAGGUUGAUGAAGAUUUGUUCCUUCUGCAAAAGGAAGACUCUCAACAGCCUGAAAAAGACCAUAAUCACCUUGAACAA